UCAGCCCCGUGCCGGGCGCUACCCGCCACCUCCGCCCGCCGGCCGCCUGCAGCCCGGCCAGCGCCAUGAGGAUCAAGCCCGUGAACCUGCCGAUCGCCCUGGUCGCCUUCGUGCUCUUCAGCUUCUCCUGCUUCUGCAUCUACAAGACGACUCAAACCAAUAAUCAAUUAAUUAAUUGUAGAAACCAUAUUUUGGAGUUUAAAGAAAAUAUGCUACACUUAAGAAACAAGACCGAAAAAAAUAGCCAAGAGAUGAUGAAAGUUUGGAAACAAAUGAAGUAUGAAAUUAUGAAGAGAGAAAAUAAGUCAGGAAACUUAGUUGUGCAGAAAGCAGACGUAUUAAAUAAAAGUGAAACAGUAUCUAAUACAUUUGAAGACUUUAAGUUCUUUUUUCCGCAACUAAGGAAAGAAGGCAGAAUUUAUCCUAACGUAAUCAUCAGCAAAGGAAAAACUGGUGUUUCUUUUGCGCUGGGUAUUUCCACUGUUAACAGAGGAAAUUAUAGUUACCUGAAACAGACGCUGACCUCUGUUAUCUCCAGGAUGACGCUUUCCGAAGAGAAGGAUUCUGUAGUGAUUGUCUCUAUCGCAGAUAGUAAUGAAGAUUAUUUACAUUCUGUUGUUAAAAUGAUUAAAAGAAAAUUUAAAAGGCAAGUGAGGUCUGGUUCCUUAGAGGUCAUUUCAGUACCUGCCUUUUUAUAUUCAAGCAUGUUAAAUACCAAGCACUUAGCUGAGGACUCACAAAAAUUAGACAGUUGGCGAAUCAAACAAGUAUUGGAUUUUUGCAUUUUGAUGCUGUAUGCUCAACCAAAGGCCAAGUAUUAUUUACAGCUAGAAGACGAUAUCAUAGCUAAACAGAUGUACUUUACAAAAAUAACAGAUUUUGUACAUAAUAUGAGUUCAAAUGAUUGGUUUUUUAUUGAGUUUUCAAUGCUUGGAUUCAUAGGAAAGCUCUUUAGAUCUGAGGAUUUAACUCACUUUGUACGUUUUUUUUUAAUGUUCUACAAAGAUAAACCCAUAGAUUGGCUCUUGGAUGACAUUUUUCAGGUGAAGCUGUGUGACACAGGAGAAGAUUUUAGAAACUGUUUAAAACGAAAGAAGCAAAUACGUAUUCGGUAUAAACCUUCUCUUUUCCAACAUGUGGGUAUACAUUCAUCACUUUCUGGAAAAAAGCAAUAUGAAAAAAAAAUAUGAAGAUAAAUAAGCAUAAGAAGAAACUCCCUAAUACCUGGAACCUCAGACAACCUUGAUUUCUAAUGGCAUGUUUCAGAAAUUGUAGUAAUGACAAUACAUAAUUAUCUAGCAGAUAAGUAAACAAUGAAUAAACUAGUAUACUUCAAAAUAUUAAAUGACUUCUUAUGUCAAGAAAAAAUAGAACAUUGAUUUAUAAUGCUUUUACCCUAUUAUAAUUUAAUUUAAAAAUACUAAAGGCAGAGAAGUUUUUCAAAAAUUAAGAAUCAUAUUUUAUUGACUUCAAUAGUGAGACCAUCACAUAAUCUCAAUAAACAGUUAAAAGUUGAGAAGCUUGAAAUUAUCACAGAGAAGUUUUAGAUGAAUUGGUAUAUGUUGUUAUCCACUUUUAAGACUAAAGAAAUAGAAAGCACAAAUUUAAACAAGCCUGGACCUGGCAGUGCCGCAAUGUCUGCUUGUCUUUUAAUAAAUGCAUUUAAAACUAUAAACUUAUCCCUAUGUGCCAUUUGACUGAUUAUCAAACAUCUUGAUAUAUAUAUAUAUUCUGAUAGUCGUUUAGUUCUAACAAUUUCAUAGUUUCUCUCAUUAUUGCCUUCUUAACACAUAGAUUAUUUGGGAGUUUUUUUCCCAAAUAUAUUGGCUUUCUCCAUCUUUUACUGUUAAUUUCUAAAUUACUUGCAUAGUGGUUAUAGAACUUUAUCUGUGUAAUAAAAUUUUGAGAAUUGUUGUGAAUCCUUGUGUUCCAUAUGACUUCAGAAAGAAUAUAUAGUUUCUGUAUACUCCCUUUUAAAUAUUUUAUAUUUAUUUGUUUUUAAAAGUGUUGGUUUUGUGCUUUAAAAAUAUAUUUCAAAGGUAUUUCUAUUUAUUGGGUGCAAGAUUCUCUUAUAUCAGGCUUUUUAAUUUAGUUAUUGAAAUCUUUUCACUCCUUACUAAUUUCUAUACGCUUGAUCCAUCAGUUUCUUACAGGGGCUCAUUAAAAUAUCUUUUCUCUUCUUGAUGUUAUUUUAUAAGGUAUUACUUAUUUUGAGCAAUAAGAUAUAUUUAUUUGUCAUCCUUUAAUCGAAUAUUUUGAAUGUCUUAAUUUCAUACUGUUGCCUUAUUCUUGAGUGCCAAGAUCUCAUUCACCUCAGUAUGAACUGUAACAAAUACCAAUUUAUAAAGAGAAUAUGAAAGAUGAA